CUUUUUACAAGCCAAAACUUAUCUGCGGCCUGAAGUGACAUAUAAAAUGAUGCCAACGCAAAGUGCCAUUCUCUCCGAUCACCACCAUCAUCAGUUUUCGACUCAAAAGUUCACCAUUACUAUCGAGCUGCGUCCCCUGACCAUGUUACCCCCAAUCUCCCUCUCCUCCCUCACCCCUCGCGAAGCAAUCACCGACGCCCUCUCCCGCUGCAUCCUCGGCCUCGACACCAAUUCUCGCCCACUCUUCGAAUCCGCCUGUCUUCAGGACUCCACCAUGACCAUCGCCAUCGGCCCGACCGUCGUCUCAGGCUGGCCCGCCAUCAGCGCCUUCUUCGAGCGCGUCUUCCAAGUCAUCACUACGCACAUCAUCAGCAACGUGCGCAUUGCGGUCGAGGACGGCGCUGACACGGCAACGUUGUCGGCCCAUGCGAUUUCAUACCAUAUAAGGGAGGAGGAUAAGCUGAGUGUAGAGGAUACGUCGUAUACGGCAGGGUCGUUGUAUGAUAUCGAAGUGGUGAGGGAUAAAGGGGAUGGGUUGUGGAAGAUUAGGAGGUGGGGGUUCAAGAUACUGUGGACGAAGGGAGAGAGGGCGGUGCUGUUUGGUGAUGAAGAGGUGGCGACUGUGGAGUAAAUGCAGGCUUGCGUAGCGAACAAUGCAUUAUGGUCACACUGAGGAAAUUGAGAAAGUUGAUUCUAUAUGGUUUGGCUUAUCCCUGGUGCAUUCUCGUCUGGAUCAAUGAACAAAGGAAGGAACAUAGACGCCUGCAUCGAUAGCCUGCGCGAUAGGAGUGUACAUCCACCGACUAAAGUACGCGGAUGC